AUGGAGAUCUCCUUUGCCGGAACCAACUACACGACCGGCAGGACUCACAUGCAAGGGCAGCACCUCAACCACUGGAUCAUAUGGUUGCGGAAGUUCCAUGGUGGGGAGGUGGGCCAAAACGACCACUUCCUAGAGGGGGCGUAUGGGAUUGACGAUGAGGUUCCGGACGGGGGCGUGAAAUGGGUAGGCGCAGACACUUGGCCAGCGCCGCCCACUGAGGGGGUGCUAGCGAGGAAGGGGCAGCAGCUGAUCACGCAGACCUACCCCAAGCGCUUCGACAAGGACUAUCUGCAGCACGCCAUGUGCGAGUGGGUGGUCGCCACCGACCAGGCAAUCACUGUGGUGGAACACCCGACGUGUGCCGUGGAGAAAGUGAUUCCCUCGCGCUCCACCCUAGCCCACCAAAUCAUCCGACUGGCAGGGCUGGCAAGGAUCAAGCUCAUGGAGAUGCUUCCUGCUGACGGGGUAGGGGCUGUUGCACUUAUGCAUGACAUAUGGACCGGUGAGAAUCAACGGUCAUAUAUAUCAGUGACAGGUCACUGCGUGAAUGAGAAGUUUGAGCUGAUGCAGAUAACCCUCGACUUCCAUGCUAUGCCUGGCAAGCACACUAGCGCGAGGAUCAUCGAGGUGCUGCUCGAUGUGGUGAAGGAGUGGAACACGGAGAAGCGGUGCAUUGCCGUGACAUCCGACAACGUGUCGGCCAAUGUCGCAGCGAUGGAGUUCCUUUGCCGUGGGGGGCCAACCGACCGUCACCCGCCCUUGUUCUUCUCCGAGAUGCACGUCAGGUGCAUGGGCCACAUUUGCAACCUAGCAAUCCAGCUAGGGCUGAAGACAGCGCUCGAUAUCAAGGAGCCGCUAGGGAUCGUUAGAGACCUAGCGUCCUUCAUUGGGUUAUCGCCCAAGAGGACAACCCUGUUCGAGAAGAUCCAGAAGCGUGCUGAUGAGAAGGCGAGGAUAUUACGCAAUUCUCACCGCAAGGAUGCCAAGCGCCUCCAGGCCCUCACCCUCUCCUCGGAACAGUGGUUGGCUUUGGAAGAGCUUGCGGCCUUCCUUAAGCCAUUCCAUGCCGUGAGCCUCGCCGCCGAGGGGUCCAAGCACCCCACGAUCUCCAGGGUUGUCCCGCUGUUCAAUGAACUGUUGGACGGCCUAGACACCCUCAAAAACAGUGUGUCCUCCCCCCCAUCAGGGGUCAUGAAGGACUGCAUCACUAAGGCAGAGGAGAAGCUGAUGGAGUACCACUCGAGCAGCAGUGAUGAGCUUUGGGUUGCCACCUUUCUUGACCCAAGCUUCAAGAUUGGGUACUUCGAGAUGAAUGGUGAGGGGGGAGAGGAGAGUGAGAGGCCGGGGGGGGUACAGCAUGUUGUAGCGGAAAGGGUGCUCGCCUUGGUACGGGCGAAGUUGGUACCGUACAAGGCAAAGGCGGUGGCGGCCAGGGAGAAACGGGAGAGGGCAGAGGGGGCUGGUCGUGGUGCACGCGGAAGGGGAGGGGAAAUUCAUCAGGAGGGAGCUCCUCUGGCCGGGGGGAUGGAGCUGGCAGAAAGGGGGGUGCUGCAGGCGGCCGCCCAGCCAUCGAUUCAUUCGGUGGUGUAG